UGCAUAAUUUACAGAGUGAAGUAAAUCAUCUUGGACAACUUCAUCAUCCAAAUCUAGUGAGACUUAUUGGAUACUGUUUUGAAGGGGAUAAUCGACUUCUGGUGUAUGAAUACAUGCCAAAAGGAAGCUUAGAAAAUCACCUAUUUCAUAAGGGGAAUGAAACGCUUCCUUGGACAACAAGAAUGAAAGUUGCUAUUGAUGCUGCUAGAGGACUAACCUUCCUACAUGAAUCUGAGCAACAAGUCAUCUACCGAGACUUCAAGACUUCUAACAUUUUAUUAGAUUUGGAAUUUAAUGCAAAACUUUCUGAUUUUGGAUUGGCGAAAGCAGGGCCCAUUGGUGAUCGAAGUCAUGUUUCUACUCAGGUCUUGGGCACUGUAGGUUAUGCUGCUCCUGAAUAUAUCCUUACAGGUCGGCUAACUACAAAAUGUGACGUGUAUAGUUUUGGAGUAGUACUAUUGGAAUUACUAACUGGACGGCGUGCAAUUGAGGUAACAAAAUCUGGGAUGGAACAUAAUCUUGUGGAAUGGGCAAAACCCUAUUUGGGUGAUAGGAGGAAGUUGUUCAGGAUCAUGGACACUAAGUUAGCAGGACAAUACUCACAAAGGGCAGCUUAUAUAGUUGCUCUUCUUGCUUUGCAAUGCAUUAGUGAGCCCAAGUUCAGGCCUCAGAUGCUUGAUAUUUUAUCUACUUUAGAAAGGCUUCCACUAACUAGUAAUAACCACUCACAUAGGCCCAAGAAUAGGCCCAUAUCAUCAAGCCCAAGGUUACCCAGGGCCCCUAAUCAAUUGGUUUUGUCUCCUUUGAGAUAUAAUAAUAGUAAUAAUGAUAAUUAUUAUUCACCAUACAACACCGGCAGGUCACCCCUCUUGCAACCCACGCAUCAUUAUUAAUGAUUCACACA